UCCAAGGCCACCCACAUGCCAAAAUCCCUCCCUCUUUACACCCUGAAGGGCACUGGCCUGCCACUCCCUGCAAGGAGGCAGGGAAAGAGAGAAAGAAAGAGAGAAAGCAAGAAAGGGAGAGAGAGAGGGAGACAGGCUGAGAAGGAAGGAAGGAGGGAGGGAUCAGCUUGGUUGCUGCUGCUGUUCAGAGCUCCAAAGCCACAGCUCCAGAGAGGCACACAGAAGAGGCACUCCAGCCAGAAAGUCUCUUUGCACAGCAACUCAAGAAAGAUGCUGAGCCCCCUACAGAAGUGCGGCUCUGAAGGCUGUCUAGUUGACUGUGACUUUCUACCUUGGCACCGGAGCACCCUCCACCGGCGGCAGCAAAGCUGUGAUGGGUCAGCACCUGAAGACAGCCGUGAGAAGCAGGACAGGGAGACCCCUCGGCCCCCCAGCAUCCGCUUGGAGGUCCCAGAUGUGACGGCCUGCUCUCCCCAUUUGCUCCAAGACCCCGGAGGGGUGUGGCGUUCCCGCAGUGAGGGGCGCUUGGACCAAAACGGAGUGCCUUGUCAAACCAGAGAAACCGAGGGGGAGAAAACCGGCAGCGGGUGGAGUUUGCCCUCUCCAAAGUCUCUGCGGAAAGAGCGGCGGCUGAGAGAGAGAGUCGCGGCGGCAAAGGAGCACUUGAAGAGCCUCUUUGGAGGCUCAAAUAAAUCUCUGGCCUCGAGUGUGGAGUCAGAUUUGGGAUCGGAUUGUGACAGCACUCAACAGACAAGACAGAGACAGAAAGCCCGACGCAAGAGGAACAAAAAAAACUUCCUACGACUAUGGAGCUCAGGAAGCCAGGACAUGCACUCUCUAAGGCCGUCUCCAGAGGAGGCUCAAGAAUGGUCUGACUCUUUGGAAAAGCUGUUACUUCAUCCGUAUGGCCGAGCUGCCUUUCACGCUUUCUUGGAGUCAGAAUUCAGCGAAGAGAACCUGGAUUUUUGGAUGGCAUGUGAAGAAUACCGGAAGCUCCGUGGCUGUGAGAAACUCCAAGAAAACGCACGGAAGAUAUAUGACGAAUACGUUACAAUACAGGCCCCUAAAGAGGUGAACCUCGAUUCCCAAACCCGAGAUAUCACCAACCGGAACAUUUUGCUGCCCACCCGCUCUUGCUUCGAACAGGCCCAGAGGCGCAUCUUUGGCCUGAUGGAGAAGGACUCGUACCCCCGAUUCCUCCGCUCUCUUGUUUACCAAGCCUUGGUGCAUUCAAACAGACAGCAGCCCAAUGGGCCUGUGUAAACCUGCUGGACUUACCCUCCAUUUCUCCAAUGGGGUUGACCAAGGAGAGGAGGGGGAAAAAACUCUUUUCAUCAACCUAGAGUUCCCAUGCUUGCUGGUUCAUGACUUGCAUAGCCUAAAAACACAUGAAGGAAAUGGAUUAUUGGUUUCUCCGAGGCCAGUUGGACCAGUUCUGGUGAUGCGGUGGACUUGUCAUGUCGAUAAAUAAUUUUUUCUGCAGAUAAAAGAGAUCAUAGAAAAUUGGCACUUUACCUGUUUGGCACAGCAGGUUAUUGUGGACUGAUAUAAUAUAUAUUAGAAUUCUAGAAUCAUUCA